CUAGUCCUGCUAACUCUGUGUCAUUCUUGAAACUUGACCAUUUUGGUUGGCCCCACAUCCCAUCCCGUCACAUUGCUCGGGAGCUCAUAUGUGACUUUCAUCAACCUUUCUUCCUAGCUUUGACUCUAUUCCCAACUGUGAGUUCUUCUUGAUGCUAUUAGAAGACGCUGUUAAAGGGCGAUUUGGGGAAAUCCACCAGCUUUAAAGUUAGCUGGCGUUCGCGUUAGCAAACAAGCUCCGGGGAUGGCUGAGGUUCCUGGGACGUCAAGUGAGACCAUAACGGAGACUGUGCAAACCAGCACACCGCCACCGCCUCAGCAGGAGGGACGCAGUCUGACAAUCAAGCUAAGGAAGAGGAAAACGGAGAAAAAGGUGGAAUGGUCCAGCGACACGGUUGACAAUGAGCACCUCGGGAGGAGGUCUUCAAAAUGUUGCUGUAUUUACGAGAAGCCUCGACAGUUUGGCGAGUCGUCCUCCGAAAGCGAGGGAGACGAUGACGACGAAGGCUGUGGCAGCGCGCACUGUAUCCUGGGCCACGCACGGAGGGAUCACGAACAGAGGGGGGGCGGGGCACCCACGGCGCCCCCAAAGUCUGGAAGGUCACAUGCUCACUAGGUAGCCCUGUCCAUGGAUGGAUGGAUGGAUGGAUGGAUGGAUGGAUGGAUGGGUGGGUGGGUGGGUGGAUGGAUGGAUGGAUGGACGGUCGGACGGACGGACGGACGGACGGACGGUCGGUCGGACGGACGGACGGACGGUCGGACGGACGGAUGGAUGGAUUGGUGAGUAGCAGGUUAUUGGAUGGUGUGUUUGGGUGGGGGGGUUCAUCACGACAUAGGCACAGGCCUCCAGUCCAGCGUUAAGCGCCACCCAUCACAGACAAAGCCAAACUUCAUGCUACCUUCCACACAUGCAUGCCACUUGUCAAAGCUAUUAAGAUGCUACGAACAUGCUCUCUCUUUUCCGACAUCUAGAAAACAGAAUCUCACAGAAUGAGAAAAGUCCAACCAAUCAAACUGGCAGGAGUAGUCCAUAGCUCAACUAACAUUUAAUCCACACACAUCAAGAUGCUCUCCACUUUUCCAUCUUUACAGUAUUAGGGGCACAUGACUCUGUUGAUUUGGACAUAUUUCCUUUCAAUCAAGCUAUUGAUUUGAUAUCUCACUUAAGGUGUGAUUCUCUCCUUAAUGUACAUCACAUCUUACCAGUCAUUUCGAGUCAGUACGUAUGGUAUUUAGCCAUUUUCUGGUCAGAGCCUUCUUGCUAGCUACCAACCUCCAUAAACAUUUAUUAUUGACGCUUUUAACCUGUAUUGAUUUGUCAUAAGCACCAAGGAGAAACUGCAAGGAAUUUUGAUGACUUCCACAUGUGUAUGGAAGGCAGCGUGCCGUUUUGCAUUUCAAGACUUGCUGUGUGAAGAUGGUCAAUAAAAUCCAAUCCUGUGGUGUA